AUGAUUACUGAUUUUGUGCGUCAAUUGCCCUUUGCCCCCUAGUAUUUGUAUGCAACCAUCUGCAGAAUUAUAGAGAAAGGAAAGCGAUACUCGAGGCAUUCUUGAUGGCAACAGGCAUGCAUCCAUGCUCUUGUGACACGUUCGUGGCUCUCCCUCCAUCUACAGAGGGCCAGCGAGUCAUCUUUGGGAAGAACUCAGACAGACCCUGUGAUGAGGUUCAAGAGGUGGUGUACUUCCCAUCCAAGGACCAUGGUGCUGAUAAGAAACUGGAGUGCACAUACAUUGAGAUUGAGCAGGCCCCUCACACAUACGCAGUGGUGCUGAGCAGACCAGCAUGGCUGUGGGGAGCGGAGAUGGGGGCCAAUGAGCACCAGGUCUGCAUUGGCAACGAGGCUGUAUGGGGAAAGGAGAGUGCUGAUGGAGACGAGGCGUUGCUCGGCAUGGAUCUCGUGAGGCUGGGUCUGGAGAGGGCAGACACGGCUGUGAAGGCCGUGGACGUCAUCACAGAGCUGCUGGACAGGUACGGCCAGGGUGGCAACUGCAUGGAGGACGAGUGCGGCUUCACCUACCACAACAGCUUCCUCAUCUCUGACCGGACUGAGGCCUGGGUGCUGGAGACGGCAGGGAAGUACUGGGCAGCGGAGAAGGUGGAGGAGGGACACAGAAAUAUUUCCAAUGAUUAUUCGAUAACCACUAAAAUUGACAAGGAGCAUCCUGAGAUGAGAGAGUAUGCCAAGAGCCAGGGCUGGUGGGAUGGAGCAAAAGAGUUCAACUUCACAGACGUGUACUCCUACAAGACCACAGCUCGACUGGAGGCAGCUAGCAGUCGUUACUGUGAGGGGAAGAGACUCUUGGGGAAAAGCCACGGAAAAAUCACCACGGAGACCAUGAUGGACAUCCUGCGAGACAAGGAGAGUGGCAUCAACAUGGAGGGCAUGUUCAUGAGCACGGGCAGCAUGGUGUCUGUGGUUCCCCGGGACCCCAACCUGCCUGGGAUACACUACUUCACCGCCACCCCCGACCCAGAGAGGUCUGUUUUUAAACCAUUUAUUUUCGUCCAAGACGUGAAGCAGCUGAAGCUCACCUGCUCCCCUUGUUACGGUGAAGACGACCCUGUGAAGAAGCAGCCUCGCUUCCAGAGCAAACCCGACCGCAAGCACCCUCUCUUCCUCAAGCACGAGGUGGUGGCAGCCAUCAUCGACAGCACCAGUGAAAAAGGUCAGAAGAUCAUGCAGAACAUGAAGGAGCUGGAGAAAGCCAAGAUGGCCGAGGUGGAGUGCUACUUGACAGACAGGGUCGAGGACCCCACCAAGAUCGUUCAUCUGUUUACCAACACCGUUGAGGAAGAAAUUAAGGUGUACAGUAAAAGUUAACAAAGUUGAAGCACAUUAGUUGUAACCGGCCUCUCUCCAGGUGAAUGAGGUUUCCCUUGGAGCAAGGCGGAACUGCUCUCAUCUGGUGAGCAUCAGGUUCCAUUCAUUAUACCCAUUGCAUGAUGAUCAGAUUGAUCAUGACCCAUCAGUCUUAAAAUUGCACCUUAAAGAAAAAAAAACCUUUCUGAACAAUGCGGACAGCAAUAAUACUGUAGCACUUUAGAAAUGAACAGACAUCCUGCUAUUCUUUCCUGCAUUCCUGCAUCCCUCUACAACCCCUAUGCCAAAAAUGUGUAAAUAGAUGCUAAAAUUAAGAUAAAGCACAACAUAAUUGUGCAUUUGACAAGAGUAAAUGUAUAGAGUAGAAUUGUACUGUACACCUUGUUGUGGAAAACUGGUCAAAAUACUGUAAACCUAGCUGGAAUAAUGGACUUAAGUGUAAGUCGAAACUGAUCCGGACUUGUGAAAAUAGAGGGAACACCAGAGCUCUGUAGUACUAGGGCCUAUACUAAGAAGCUGUGUCAGGAGUAAACCAUGUUAAGUUAAGAGGUAAAUCAUCUAAUAAUGCAUUUGAUGCAGCAUCAGUUGUCACUUUGUGUCCAGUUUUAGUCGCUGGAGUGAAAUGACAUCGAUCAGACACAGGGUGGCGCCAGUCUGGUUGGUUAGUGUGACACAUCUGAAACUACUGGUGGCAAUAUUAAGAUCUGUGAUGAAUUAAAUAAACAUUACAUUUUAAUGUAAA